GACGUAUAUAGGUUUUUGUGUGCUAUGAAUCGUGGAUUUUUAUUUCACCUACCAGGCUGUUGACAACAGACGGCAGCACAUGUACACUCAGCAUCAUAUUACACACUUUAUUUCGGUCUCCAUACUGCUGGUGUCCCUAGGAAACUCGAACUAUGAGUAUUCUUAAGGUAAACAAACGUUAGGCAAGAGCUUUACAGUUUAUACGUUCGCAAAUUAUAGACAAUAAUUCAACACUGGAUACACGCUGCCUAGUUAGAUAGUAGUAUAAAGUUGAUACAACUAUUCCGGUCAGGAUGAAAUGAAAAACUGCUUGUGUCGAAUGUAGACUGACAUUUCAGCUACAAGCUAUCCAACCAUAUGAUUUAUACACAUUAUAAACUAUAGUUGAUAUAUAGUCGAAGUCGAAUAGACUAUGGAAUGUCUUGUGCCUGAGGAGCAACUCUUGAAGUAUGCAAGGGAAGGAGACCUUCAACAGAUCCGGAGCCUACUUCAAGCAAAGAGUCAUCAAGAAUUAGACCUUAACAUCAAUUGUCGAGGUGAAAUAAAAGCAAACUCAGGAUGGACACCCUUGCACCUUGCAUCAUACUUUGGCCACAAAGAGGUUGUAGAGGAGUUGCUUAAGGCAGGGGCUGAUAUGAAUGUGCAAAAUACAAUUGGGGAUACACCCCUUCACAAAGCAGCACUCAGUGGCAGAAAGGAAAUUGUUCUGUUGCUGUUGCGGUAUGAUGCUUGUGCAACAGUAAUCAAUGGAUCUGCACAAAUCCCCAAAGAUGUUACAGAGGAUGAUGAAAUUGUCACCAUGCUGGAGGCCGCCCAUAGGAGGGGAGAGAGGAAACUAGAGGAGAAGCUUCUGGAUGCAGCCAGAGAAGGGGACAGCACAGCACUGUCACAGCUGCUGAGCAGAAAGAAGCCUCCAGAUAUUCACUGCAGAGACUUGCUGGGAAACACGCCCUUACACUGUGCGGCCUACAGGGGGCAGAGGCAGUGUGUCGUUAAACUGCUGAAGAGUGGUGCCAUCCCCACCAUGAAAAACAAAAAUGAUCAGUCUGUGUUUGACCUUGCUAACAGUGACGAGAUCAGACUCAUUCUUGAGACCAGUCAGGAGAAAAGUUCUGCCUUUACAGUACAGAUGUUUGAAGGCCCUCUCUGGAAGAAGUCUCAGUUUUUGGGCUGGAGAUCCCACUGGGUAGUUCUAAAAGAUGGUGUGUUGUCAUGGUACCCUAAGAAAUCCAAUGCUGCCGCUGAUAUUCAUAAACAGGGUCAUCAGCCCCUCAUGAGGGCCCAUUGCAUGUUCAAAGCCUGGGAUAAGUGCUUCUUCACUGUUAAGUGCUUUGAUGGCAGUGUCCAUAACUUUAAGGUGUCUUUCAAAACUGAUGCAGAUGCUCUCAGGAAAAGAUGGAUGGAUGCCAUUGGAGGGCACUCCGCCUGGAGCACCUACCACAGUGCGCCGGAGCAGGCCUGUGAUGAAGAGGACGAGAUAAAUGUGGAAGACAAUGGCGCCAUGACCUCAGGAGAUCCCACUGACUCCCUGAUGACAGCUGAGGCCAGCCAACAGAAACUGGAGGCUCAGGUGGCUAUCUUUGUGUCCAUGGUGAAGAAUGAGGAAGAUGACAGUGUGGCGGGGCCCAUCCUUCUGAAGGCCAGAGAGACUGCACACUGCUCCAGAGAGACCUGCUCAGCCCUGCGCCUCUGCCUGGACCUUCUCUCCCAGAGGGACGAGGUGUGGAGUCUAAAGUUGGAGCAGGAAGUGGAGAAGAACAAGAUCCUGUCUGAGGCCCUGAAGAAUUUGGCCACUGAGCACCACGAGCUUGAGAAGUCCCUGAACAGGGGCAGGACGUCCCCAACACUGAGCACGCUCACAGAGGAUGACUUCUACGAUGCAGUCUCUGACAGUGAGUCCGAGCAUUCUCUAAGUGUCUUCCUGUCGCCGGCCGGACAGUCCUUCGACGAGGACGCAGCGGAGCGCAAGCCUGUCGAGCACAGCGCCGCCGCCAGUCGCCCCGAGGGUCACGCCAGGAUGUCAGCCGGGGGUAACAAUGGCGGUGAGACGGGGCAUUGCAAUGGAGUCAAGGGGCACAGCAGGACAUGUCUGCCCGCUCCCAUGUUCUCCAGGAAUGACGUCAGCAUCUGGAGCAUCCUGAAGAAGUGCAUUGGGAUGGAGCUUUCUAAAAUUGCCAUGCCUGUGGUCUUAAACGAGCCCCUGAGCUUCCUGCAGCGGCUGACUGAGUACAUGGAGCACACGUACCUCAUCCACCAGGCCAACACGUCCACAGACUCCAUCGAGAGGAUGAAGUGUUUGGCGGCAUUUGCCGUCUCUGCGGUCGCAUCCCAGUGGGAGAGGACCGGGAAGCCCUUCAACCCACUGCUGGGGGAGACCUUUGAGCUCAUCAAAGAGGAUCUGGGCUUCAGGUGGAUGUCGGAGCAGGUGAGCCACCACCCUCCCGUCAGUGCCUUCCACGCCGAGGGACUGGAGAAUGACUUUGUUUUCCACGGAACAAUCUACCCCAAGCUGAAGUUCUGGGGCAAGAGUGUAGAGGCUGAGCCCAAAGGCACCAUCACUCUGGAGCUGCCCAAUCACAAAGAAGCCUAUACCUGGACCAACCCCACAUGCUGCGUCCACAACAUCAUCGUUGGCCAGCUGUGGAUCGAGCAGUAUGGCAAUGUGGAAGUCAUAAAUCAUAAAACUGGAGAGAAAUGCUGUCUGAGCUUUAAGCCCUGUGGCCUGUUUGGAAAGGAACUCCACAAAGUUGAAGGCUACAUAUAUGACAAAAGCAAGAAGAAGAUCUGUGCCAUCUACGGCAAGUGGACCGAGUGUCUGUACACAGUGGAUCCUGCCAUCUUUGAUGCCCACAAGAAAGCCGACAAGAAGAAUGUAGAGGACAAGAAGAGCAGCAAACAGAACACCGUGGACGAGGAGCCGGAGGAGAUGCCUCCACCAGACGCCGAGACGGUCCAGGUCAUCCCAGGCAGCGAGCUCGUCUGGAGGAUAUCCCCCCGACCGGAGAACUCGGCCCAGUUCUACGCCUUCUCAACUUUUGCCAUGCACUUGAAUGAGCUGAUGAAGGACAUGGAGGGAGUCCUGCCCAGCACAGACUGCCGCCUCAGACCAGACAUCCGUGCUAUGGAGAACGGAGAUAUAGAUCUAGCCAGUGCUGAGAAGAAGAGGCUUGAGGAAAAACAACGAACGUCGCGGAAGAAUCGCUCCAAAUCCAACGAGGAGUGGAAGAGCAGAAACCCUGCCCUGGGCCCCAGGUGGUUUCAUCAGGGACCUAACCCCCACAAUGGAGCUCAGGACUGGCUGUACUCUAAGGGUUACUGGGACAGGAACUACAAUCAGUUACCUGACAUCUAUUAAUGGACUUCCUCCACGGCGUAAGGGCGUCACACUCUGUUCACACGUAUCUCAACUCAAACUCAAUGCAAACUCUGCUCUUGUCUAUAUCCAUGGUGUGGGUCUGGCCUGGAAAGGGCUUGGAGGUUAAUUAGCUGUUUAGUCGUAUAAUUAAACGAUGUGAGGAUGUAAGGUUGGAAGAAAUUUGACUGGCUGAACAAAUCAACUGUGACCAGGGGCACAUGUGAAGGUUAGAUCAGCCACAGCAGGUUUAACCCACUGACGGGUGGCGAGUGUGAAGGGCCACACACACCACCCAUAGCCAAUAAUUAACUUCCUUAAAGCACAAACACUGGGCCUUCAGUGUGAUGUAACCGUGAACAGUAAUUGAUCAAGUUCAUUUACAUUCACCUCUAAAAUAAAUCUGUUCUCAUACUGCAGACUGUUUUUUUUUAGUUUUUACUUGCUUUAUAUUUAUUAUAUCAUUUUUUUUUUUUUGCAAUUGCUUCAGAAGAAUGUGAUUCAUUAUUUCUUACUUUCUUUCCUACAUACUACAGGGAUUACUUGUACAGAGACAUCUUUACUUGAAUUCUCUUCUCUUUUCUGUAUAUGCCAUUUGACAAAAGGCGACAGACAUGUUACUGAAGCUCUUUCACAGGCUGUUGUCAAAUUCUGAACUUUUAACAUAGCUACUCGACUGUUUCAUACGUAGAUGUAUAUCUUCACUUAUAUUGUCCAGAAAGGAGUUUAUUAGCAAGUGCUAGUUUUAUAGGCUGAUUGUGAUCAGCACUGUCUCAGAAAAUCUUUAAACAUGUUCAGUUGUUUCUCAAAUGUAUUAUGUACACAAAGAGUCUAUAGGUAAACAGAGGAGCUUGAAGUCCUAGCAACAGUAGUUUAUUUGUUUGUUUUGUUUUUUUCCCCAAAGGCACAGUUAAUAUUUGUUGACUACUUUAUUUGUUUGUGCAGUUUUAUCAUAAGAUGAGAGUUGUGUGUGUGAUUGUUUGUGUAGUGUGUGUGUGUAUGCGUGCAUCUGUGUGUAGUUGUAUCCAUGCAUUUAUCUCUUACACAUCCAUAGUAAAAGUUGUCAGCUUUUUAGUCAAGUCCUUAAAGAUUUCAUAGACAAAAUAAUGAAUAGGCUUGGGUUAACAUUUGGUUCAGUAGUGCUUCGGGCAUCUGGAUGUGCUUUAGAUUUAUAAACUCCAUAUUACAUAUUGCUUCUUAAAUAGAGAACACUCAUUAUCAACUGCCCCUAAAGAAGUCAUAUAGCUGUAAUUUGAUUAUUCAGCAGAGGACUUGCUAACCAUUUGCCACAUUGUGCGAUUCUGCAGCUGUUCAAUGACAUUGGGAUGAAAUUUCAACUAAAUAACAACUCCCAUGAACUCUUCCUGCCACCUUUACUAUGCAAACAUGUAUUGCACACACAGCUCCACUCUGCCUCCCCCUAGUGGCAUAUCUGUGCACUGACAGCCCUUCUCUGUGACUCCUCUUGACAUGUAGCUGCUGUGUAAAGUGUUCAUAUGCAUAUGAUAUUGUACCAUACAAAUUAGGUGAGGCCAUUGUGACCUGAAAUAUGUUUGUUUGUAACUUAUCUCAUUCUUUGUCAAUAUCAUGUAACAAAGUAAAAAUGCAUUUCUAUCGUUGCAAAAUAAAGGCUUAAUAUCAACUUUA